AUCAGAAAGGCAACCAAAUGUGACUAAACUUACACCCUUUUUAACCUUUUACAAAUCAUCAGUCUUUGAAUACACUGGAGGUAUAGAGAACUUAAGGAUGGCAGUUGAUAGUCUAAAGAUUUGUACAGUAUGUGCAUCCAAUAAUAAUAGAUCAAUGGAAGCUCAUAAACAACUACGAGAUGCUGGUUAUAAUGUAAAGUCAUUUGGUACUGGUUCAGCCGUUAGAUUACCAGGUCCAUCGAUAGAUAAACCCAAUGUGUAUGAUUUCGGUACUCCUUAUGAAGAUAUAUAUCAAGAUUUGAUUGGUCAAAGUUGUCGAAAGAUGUAUGAAGCAAAUGGAUUGAUUCAUAUGUUGGAUAGAAAUAGAAAAGUUAAACUGGCUCCUGAAAAAUGGCAAAAUAAUGCUUAUGCUGGUAAAUUUGAUUUGGUCAUAACUUGUGAAGAAAGAUGUUUUGAUAGUGUAUUGGAAGAUUUAAUGUUCAGAAUGUAUAAUAAAGAAGAUCAAAAUGAUGUUAGACAAGUUGUACAUAUUAUCAAUAUUGAUAUUAAGGAUGAUAAUGAAAAUGCCCUUUUAGGUGGUAAAGGUAUCUUAAAAUUAGUCAAUAUGAUUCAUGAUUUCAGACAGAAGAAGAAAGAAGAUUAUGAAGAUGAAUCAGAUAUCAUUCUUGAAGAUCAAAUGAUGGGUAUAUUAACAGAAUGGCAAAAAGACCAUACUCAUUUACCCACUUUAUAUAGUAUUUCAUAUUAUUAAAUUAAAUUAAUUUACAUGUAUUUAUAUAGCCCACCUUAAUAGAAUAAACCUAAUGAUCUAACCAUUGUAACUUAAAGUUGUUGUAGCAAUUUGCAUUUGGUGUAGA